GUGACCAUAACAACAUCACGUGACGUAUGUGGCGCAUGUAGGCGCUCUAUUAGCUGGUGUUAGUUAGCUCCCAAAGAAUAAAACCGGGGAAACAAAAAGCAGAUGGUAGCUGAAAGCUCAGAAUGCGAAAUGGCCUAAGAAAUGAACCUUUACCGUUCAUAGGCGAACAAAUGGCAUUCAGGCGAGCUGUUUUCACAUGACCGUUCAGGCGAGAGUUGCCUCCCACCGCAGUGACUCAGUUAGCGUUAGCUAGCUAAGCUAAGCUACGGGAGGCGAGGAAAUCCCCUGUAGUCCCACUCAAUACUUAACGCUAGGGAGUUAGUUUACUUUCGUUUUCACAUUUUCGAGUCAGAGUUAUACCUCCAUAUUUCAGUCACAGUAGGAAGAAUGGCCGAACAGCACAUUCAGUCGAAGCUCGUUGCGCUGCUGAAAGAGGAGAAAAUCCAGCUCUGGAAUCCCCCUUUCACCAUAACAGACACCAAUGAAGCUGGACGAGAACACAUGCAGGAACUUGCUGUCAGAUACUCCCAGCUGGUCGGAUUCCCUCAGGUUGAUGUGGAGGUUGCUCUGGAAAACAUAAGAUCCCAGGCCGUCAAAAAAGGGAAGGGCAACAUGACCUACAGGGAAACAAAUAUCGCAACUCUGGAGCUCAAGCUGCCUAAAGACAUUAAAAAGGACAAUAAAAAGAUACACUACUUUGAAACCAGGCUGGAUAUCACCACUCAGGAUCUGAUGAAUAAGAUCGCUGGGGAAUUUGACCUCAAAUAUAUUAAGUUAAUUUUGAAUGGAAAAGCACUGUCUCCUGAACAGCGACUAGAUGAACAGAAUGUGAGGAACAACAGUAGAAUAAUGAUACUGAAGGUAAGUAAGCCAGAGGGGAAGAAAGCAAUGGUGGAGGUGGAGGAGAAGAAUCGUCUCCAGAACGAAGGUUUACUGAGGACUCAAAAGGGAUUUCAGAUUCUCUCAGAGCGAGAUGGUAGUGAAGAUCCAGCAACCACCCCAUUUCUGGAGAUAGCUGAUCAGAAAGGCAACCCUAUCCAGAUACCACUUGCUGAGAAAAAGGCUCUGAUAUUGGCUAUGGGCUUCCAUGAAAAAGGCAGAGCCCUGAUGAAGAGAAAGGAAUAUGAUGCAGCUUUAUGUCAUCUUCUUCUAGCAGAUGACCAGUUUAAUAAAUGCGGGUCUGCGCUGUUAAACACAGUUGAUAACUACGCAGUGUUGCAGCUGGACAUUGUGUGGUGCUAUCGCGUUCUGGAGGCACUGCCCUAUCUGAAUGAUUGCAAGCAAAGACUGCAGAAAGCUGAGGACUGCUUCCUCAAGUGCUAUGGAGAAAAGCAACAGAGGCUGCAACAAAUCAAGGGGAACACAGGAGGAGAGGAGGUUUUGUUUCUGAGGCUUUAUCUCCUCCAGAGUCUGCUGGCCUACCUGAAUGGCCAUGACAAUGAAGCUGCCAGGAAACUUGAAAAGGCUGAAGAUCUUUACAGUCACCUGGGUUUAGACCCAGAGAAAAUGACCCAGCUGAUGAGUAUGGGCUUCUCUGAGCAGGACGUUCGGCUAGGCCUGAGAGCCUGCAGAGGCAAUGUGGAGGAGGCAGCGCUGCAUAUCAGCCAGAGAAGAAAUGAGCGGGAAGAAAUAAAACAAAGGGAGAGAGAGAAGAGGAGGCGACGUCUGGAGAGCAUCAACACCCUGGUCGAACUUGGCUACAGCAAGAAAGCAGCAGCCCAGGCCCUGCACAAGACCAAUGGAAAUUUAGAUGCGGCCUAUAAUCUUCUUUUAGGUCCAAGUGAAGCCAGCAGUUCAGGGACGUCUCAGCCAGACACAGACAGACAAACCAAAGUGGAUCAGAUGACCUACCUUGGCUUCCAGAGGGAAGCAGUGGAAGCGGCUAUGAGGCUGGUUGGGGAUGAUGUUGCUCAGGCCACUCAGAUUCUGCUGGAUAACCAGGGGCAGGUUCCCCCAGAUUUGCUGUCUCCCUCACCCCCAUCUUCUUCAUCAGAGGAGCCCAGCACUUCCGACUCCACAGCCUCCGGGCCAAGCUUGGAUGCAGACUUGGUGAAUGAAGUUCUGGAGGACAUCCCCAGACAUGAAGAGGAUUAUCUAGACGUGACUCUGGAGGAGGAGAGCGAGCUCAUUGCUCUAAUGAAGUCUUACCUAGAGAGGCGCUCCGCAUCUUCCACCUGAGAAGAGCUGCCCAUACAGGCUUCUUGGAGUUUGUUUGAGGUCAGUUUAGAAUGUUGUCUUGUUAGAGACGGAACCUGGUCCUGGAUCAGCACUCGGUUACACCACAUGAAUUGAAGCCAUUUCAUAAUUACUUACAGUCAGAGUCAAGGUUUGAGUUUUUCUGGUUAUGGUUACCUCUUAGAUAACUGUAAUAUUAGAAUUGAAUGAAAAAUUAUACUGUUAAAACAGGAGUGGUUUAGGCCUAAUUCAUACAAUAAUAACACCUCCACCAUUGUAUCAGUGAUUAAGAGUAAUUAAGGCCUUUUUUUCCUUUUCAUUUUAAAUGAAUUGUGGCUCUUUAAAUAAUUAAAGAACCAAUCCUUGAAUUUACCUUACGUUAAAAAUGCCUUUCAAGAUAUCGGAGUUUAGUGCUGAAAUAUGCAUCGUUCUAAGUUCUGAUCUUUCUGAGUUGGACCUUCAGUUUUUCAUUCUACUUUUAAUCUUGACUAUCUUAUGUUCAGUUUUACUUGGUUUGAUUACUCUGGUCAAGUUUGCGAUCAGUUCUGUUCAAAGAGCAUUUGUUGAUGUGCAAUAAAUGAUGAUAAAUGAAGAUUUGAGUUUA